AUGCAAUCCAUCCCUGAUUUUGACUCCUUACCUCCCGUCCCAGGCCAGCCUCAAGGUAACGCCUGGGGUCUGUGGGGAGAAGACGACCAACUUGGAAAGACCAUCCUCGCAGCCAAACAAGAGAUCCAGCUCGGAAAAAGCGUGUCGCUCGACUUGGCCCUGGACCACUUCCCGCCUCUUGCCGGACGCCAACAGCCCGAACACGAGGUGAUAUCUCUCAAACAGGGCGGGAGAUACGACAAGUACGGGUUCGACGACGCCCUCCGGUUCAACACCCAGGCGAGUUCUCAGUGGGAUGGACUGCGGCACAUUGCGCUGCAGGAGAGCGCGCUGUACUACAACGGCGUGAGCCACGACGACAUUGCAGCUGGACGGCACGACAGGAAUGGCAUCCACAAAUGGGUCGAGCGUGGCGGCAUCGUCGGUCGCGCGGUCCUUCUAGACUAUGCUCGCUGGCGACAGGAGACCGGGCAGCCCUGCGCACCACCCAGCACCUCCUUCGCCGUGACGGUGGCCGAGCUGGGCGCCGUGGCCGCGUACCAGAACGUGCAAUUCCACACCGGCGACAUUCUGAUCAUCCGCUUCGGCUUCAUCGAGUGGCACGACCAGGCGACCCCCGAAGAGCGAGCCGCCACCUUCUUCGCCGGCACGUACAUCGGCCUGGAGAGGUCCAUGGAGACGGUGCGGUGGCUUUGGAACCACCAUUUCGCCGCGCUGGCGGGGGACACGGUCGGGUUCGAAUGCUGUCCGAGCCAGUGGAAGAAAGUGCCCGGUGUCCAGGGUAGCGUCAACCUGCACGAAUGGAUUCUCGCGCACUGGGGCUGUCCCCUGGGUGAGCUGUGGAACUUGGAACAGCUCGCCACUGUGUGUAACGGUGCGAAGAAAUGGACUUUCUUCUUCACCAGUGCCCCGCUGUACGUGGUCGGAGGCGUGGCGUCGCCGCCCAAUGCCAUUGCAAUACUGUGA